GGCCAAAAGCAGUCAACUCCACGUUGUGUACAGAUUCUUUCGGUGUCACUCGACAAGAAGUGCCAGCCCAACAUAUGUCAACAGGACACACGUAAACAACUCAAAACUUUCUCCUAAGCUGCUCUCUCUCUCUCUUUUUAAACCAGGGCUAUGGCCUUCCUCGGGAGUGCGGUUCGGCGAUUGGUAUGGGGAGUGCGCCCCCAGCUCUCCACACCUAUGUGCCAAACAAGUUGUCGGACCUACAGCUCAGAGCCCACCAAAGAGAAGAGUGUUCCCUAUGAGAAGACACUGAGACAGGAUGAAACGGCCACAUCUGGGCCAACUAAACCUUUACCCAGGUCAGCAGAUGUGGUGGUGAUUGGAGGGGGCAGUCUGGGCUGUCAGACCAUCUACCACCUGGCUAAAAUGGGCAUGACAAACGUGGUUCUGCUGGAGAGAGACCGACUGACUGCUGGAACCACGUGGCACACUGCAGGCCUCCUGUGGCAGCUCCGCCCAAGUGAUGUUGAGGUGGAGCUCCUGGCCCACACACGGAAUGUGAUCAGUAAAGACCUUGAGGAAGAAACAGGCCUCCACACUGGCUGGAUCCAGAACGGAGGACUCUUCAUUGCCUCCAACAAGCAGCGGCUGGACGAAUACAAACGCCUCAUGUCGCUGGGUAAAGUGUAUGGUAUAGAGUCCCAUGUGCUGUCACCUGCUGAGACAAAGGACCUUUAUCCUCUAAUGAAUGUUGACGACCUUUAUGGAACACUUUACGUGCCCAAAGAUGGCACUAUGGACCCUGCGGGCACGUGCACUACCCUGAGCAGAGCUGCUUCUGCAAGGGGAGCAACGGUGAUUGAGAACUGCCCUGUGACCGGUAUCAAAGUUCAAGCGGAUGACUUGGGAGUGAAGAGGGUGAAGGCAGUGCAGACCCCACACGGCACCAUCGAGACACCAUGUGUGGUGAAUUGUGCAGGAGUGUGGGCCACAAAAUUGGGGCAAAUGGCUGGCGUAAAAGUGCCCCUCAUUGCCAUGCAUCACGCCUACGUUGUAACAGAAAGGAUCGAAGGCAUUCAGAAUAUGCCAAAUGUAAGGGACCAUGAUGCAUCAGUGUACCUACGUCUCCAAGGGGAUGCCCUGUCCGUGGGUGGUUAUGAACAAAAUCCUAUCUUUUGGGAUGAGGUAUCCGAUAAGUUUGCCUUCAGCCUGUUCGACUUGGACUGGGAUGUAUUUAUGCAACAUAUUGAGGGUGCCAUUAACCGAGUUCCUGUCCUAGAACAGACUGGUAUUAAAUCUACUGUCUGUGGACCAGAAUCCUUCACAGCAGACCAUAAGCCGCUAAUGGGAGAAGCUCCAGAGGUCAGAGGUUUCUUUUUGGGCUGUGGCUUUAACAGUGCAGGCAUGAUGCUGGGAGGUGGCUGUGGUCGAGAGCUAGCUCAUUGGAUUAUCCACGGCCGCCCUGAGAAGGACAUGUAUGGCUAUGACAUCAGGCGUUUCCAUAACUCACUGACAGACAACCAACGCUGGAUCAGAGAGCGGAGCCAUGAGUCUUAUGCCAAGAACUACUCUGUAGUGUUCCCGUUUGAUGAGCCGCUAGCGAGCAGAAACAUGAGGAAGGAUCCCUUCCACCAGGUGCUGACAGAGCGAGGCUGCGUGUUCCAGGAGAGACACGGCUGGGAGAGACCAGGCUGGUUCACCAAGGACGGACAAGCUCCUGUAAAAGACUAUGACUACUAUGGUGCCUAUGACAUCAAGAAGAAUCACGAGUACAAAUACAAUGAGUUGCUGGGCAAAGAGUACACAUUUGACUUCCCACCGCAUCAUGAUGUGAUAAAGAGUGAGUGCCUGUCAUGCAGGCACGGUGUUGCCGUGUUUGACAUGUCCUACUUUGGAAAAUUCUAUCUCACCGGUCCAGAUGCCAAGAAAGCGGCCGAUUGGUUGUUCACUGCCGAUGUCAACAAAAAGCCAGGUUCCACUGUGUAUACCUGCAUGCUAAAUACCAGAGGAGGGACAGAAGCUGACCUGACAGUGAGCAGACUGGAGUCCGGAGCUGCCAACCUCCCGCUGGCGCCCGAGUCCAACGGUGAUGCGUACUACCUGGCCAUCGGAGGUGGUGUUGCCGAGCACAACUGGAAUCACAUUCGAACGGUUCUCCAGGAUCAAGGGUUCCGCUGCCACUUAACAGACCACUCCGAGGACAUGGGCAUGAUCAGCAUCCAGGGACCUAAGAGUCGGGAGGUGCUACAAGAGGUUUUGGACACAGACCUCAGCAACGAAGCGUUCCCUUUUUCCACGCACAAAGUCGUCAACGCGGUGGGCCAUCAGGUGCGAGCGAUGCGUCUUUCCUUUGUCGGAGAGCUGGGCUGGGAGCUGCAUAUUCCCAAAGAGUCGUGCAUUCCCGUCUACCACGCCGUCAUGGCUGCCGGCGCCAAGCAUGGUAUCAUCAAUUCAGGCUACAGGGCCAUUGACUCACUCAGUAUAGAGAAAGGGUACCGCCACUGGCAUGCCGACCUUCGCCCUGAUGACACGCCUCUGGAGGCGGGGCUAGCUUUCACCUGCAAGCUGAAGAGUGCCAUCCCCUUCCAGGGUCGACAUCGGCUGGAGAAGCAGAAGGAGGAGGGCCUGAGGAGACGCAUUGUCUCCUUCACCAUCGACGAGAAAGUACCCAUGUUUGGCCUGGAGGCAAUCUUCCGUAAUGGCGUCCCUGUUGGCCACCUGCGGCGCUCUGACUACGGCUUCUAUGUCGACAAGACAAUUGGUUAUGGAUACAUUCGCGAUCCCGAUGGAGGAGUGGUGAGUGCCGAUUUCAUUAAAAAUGGCGAGUUCACCCUGGAGAGGAUGGGAGUCACGUACAAGGCCAAGGCCCAUCUCAGAUCUCCAUUUGACCCCGAGAACAAGCGUGUGAAGGGCAUCUAUGACUGACGUGGACCUCCGAUGUUUGGCACGCAGGUGCAAGGCUUCAAUGGUCUGUUCAAUACAGAACUUUGGUUCAUGCUGUGACUGCCUGGGAAUUUGAUAUUCAUUUAUACGGAGAAUAGCUAAUAUGAAAUUCAUCUCUUUUGAAUGGGGUAUCACUGAAGGUUCUUCCUUCCCUCAACUUCAUGUUUAGUAGGGAGUCAUUUCAAAAUCAGUAAGACUUCUUUGCAGAAUUGAUUGUAACAGCACCUAAUUGCAGACAAUUAAAAACAAUUACAUUAUCAAUUCAAAUGAAGCUCAUUCUUUGCCCCAUCUUGUGAGUUACCCCAAAAUAUCAGGCAGGUUGUUUGUUUUUAAGAGCGCAAAUGCUGAACUAUAGUAAAGUUAAAAAAAAAAAAUUUUUUUUUUUUUUAAGUUUGCACAAACGGUGACACCAAGGACGUAGGUUUGGUCUCAACAUUGGUAGGUACGAUAUACUGUACACUUUUUGCUGGGGACGGGACAUAAGACCAAACAGAUUAUUGAACGGGUUUCCGGGCUACAUUUCUCACGAAUAUCAACCUAAUGAAUUGAUAGGCUAAAUGAUCAAUGCAAAAUAAAUCUUUAUUGACUUGUAUUAACUUGCAUGUGUAUUGGUUCAGGUGUUCAACGUUCGAUUGAAACCUUUGUUUUCAAAAACUACCAGAGAAACAUUUUGAAUUGCGUGACAUAAUGCAAACAAUGAUCUAAAUGAGGGACGGCUAGCAUGACUUUGUUUUUCCUUGUGGAGGCUGGCUUGACCACAGUAGUUUUGCAGGUUAGCAAGUUCACACAGUUUAUGGUUAUGUUAACUCUGAUGAAGGUCAGACUUUCAGUAGCAAAAUUAGUGGUGUUUUCCCACCUCCACACAACACUGACAUAUUUUUACAUUACUUAUAGUAGCUGCUGCUGCUGCUGGCCGAAAAAACUCCUAAUAUCCCUCCUCUUCGGAGGAGGCGGCAUUAUGUCGACAUGUAUCUGUAGAGGCUGCGCGAGUGUGUCACUGUGUGGCAGGGGACAGGGUCCAGUCAUCAGUCAAUCAAAUGUGCGUUUGAGAAGGAAAACAAUAGACCGGCACAUUCACUUAAUAAUGGUAGGGGCAAUUCUAUCCUUACAACAUAGGGGAAGACAAUCUAAAUCUCCUAAAUAACUGAACUCCUUAUAUAAUGCAAACAGUGUUGCUUAAAAGUUGGUGACAAUUUGAGCAUCCUGAAAAGUUGGUAGUGUCAUGUCCCUACCAUCCCUAUGCAAACCUACGCCCUUGAGUGGCACCCACUCUUGUCCACCAAUUGAAUAAAAUAAGCCAAAACAAGAUGUGCCCUUCUCCUUAUAAAAGCAUUAUUAGAUCAAAAUGGUUGCGAAGCAGAAGAUAUGACAGCUUCUUGCUUUACAUUCUCAUUUUGGAGCUUGAAGACAAAUAUCUGUUCUAAGUCAAAUGGCAAUUUAGCUCUGUGCCAGGAUACUUUCAAAGUCUAUACAGUAUAAUAUAUCAUUGGUCUAACCUUAUUUCUGGCUCAUCCUAUGCGGUCUGACGGCAAUACGUUCUCCAGUUACACUAUCCCUGGAGGCACUUUGAGUCACAUUACAGAAGACUGAUGUCUAUUAUGAGAAUAAUGACUUUAAAAAAAUGUUCCUUGCAGUUUGACGUGACAUUGAGCAAAAAAAUUGAAGGACACCUCAUGUGACAGACUUCAUGUUUGGUGCAGUCUUAAUUACUUCAUGUUUACCAUGCAAAAUGAAUAAAAGUACUCAAGGACCUUCUUGUUUGAUUGUGUGGAAAAAUUGUUUACAAAAACCAAUUGUGAAAUGUGAUGCGGUGAGUUUAUUAAAGAUGAUUAUGGAUGUCUUUGCUU